CUGAAGUUAUAUUAUUAAUGCAUUCAAAGUUUUACAAGAGCCCAAACAGGGAAACAGAGCCGGAGAAAAAACGAUAUAUCCCCGGAAAACAAAGCCGGCGGAACAUGAAUAUAUCCCCGGAAGCUUAAGUCCAAACAAGACAACUUUACUACAACUUUACUAAGCCAAACUAACCACGAAACUUAAAUGACCAAGAGUAAUCUGGAUAGAUUUGAAAGAGUUCUUAACAUCAUAAGAGAGCCGGAACAGGACCAUAGCACCUGAAAGAAGGAAGCUCCAGGAUAAACCCUUCCCUAUAAGGACCUUUGCACCACAAGCAAACUCCUCGAACCGAAGGAAACAACCAUAACUGAAUAUCCCAAUGAACGCCUUCACCCGUUGCUGCAAGUAGAGUUUAGAACCAUUUAUAAACUCUAUCAAGAGUUUUGAAAGAGUUUAUUCUUAUAAGUUGACAAAAAAAAAAAAAAACAGAGUUUAUUCUAUUCCUCCUCCCGUAUUGGUGGCUCAUAAAUUCAACACUAACCACUUCCAAUUCUCCAAAAGAAUAAAAAUGGCUCUCCGAUCUGUCAAAGCUCCGACCUCGAUACCUCCCGGCCUGAUCGUCUCCUCCUCAGUUAUCAACAAGCCUCAAUCUCUCAGAUUCGCCUCCAAACCGACGGCAUCACUCGCCGUCCGUUCCAAUCUCAAACUCAAACCAGCUUCUCCCCGCGCCGCGAAAUUCCGCUGCUCCGCGUCGUCGUCGUCGGCGCUCACGCCGCAGCUAAGAGACACGCUGGAGAAGCUGGUGAACUCGGAGAAAGUAGUGCUGUUCAUGAAAGGGACGAGGGACUUUCCGAUGUGCGGAUUCUCGAACACGGUGGUGCAGAUCCUGAAGAGUCUGAACGUGCCUUUCGAAGAUGUGAACAUUCUCGAGAACGAGAUGGUGAGGCAAGGGUUGAAAGAGUACUCGAGUUGGCCGACGUUUCCUCAGCUUUACAUCGACGGUGAGUUUUUCGGGGGUUGUGAUAUUACUCUCGAGGCGUUUCAGAGUGGAGAGUUGCAGGAAGCUGUCGAAAAAGCUAUGUGCUCUUGAAAGUUGAUCUUAUCUCUAUGUCAUGAGCGAAAGUCUUCUUGAUGUUUUUUUUAUGGCUGGUAACAUUAAGAGACAUGUUGUAUGAUGGAACUAUGGUUAUAGAACAACUACGUUUCUGAAAAAUGUAUACUUUACUGUCUUGAGUCUCUUUAUUGAUUUUGAUCUUUUUGCUUGGGUGUGUGUUUUUCUUCAUUUGUGUUGUUGAGGUGUUCAUGUUACAAAAGAGAAUCAUGGGUUGUUCUGCUCA